UGCUUUGUUAAUGUAAGUCCUUUCUUCCUUUCAUCGUGGAUAAGAAACAUGCACUUACGUGCCAUUCAGUUCGUGAUGGCUCUGUUCUUUAAAAGCAUUGCUUUGAAAGCUCGAACACAUCUCAUGGAACACUACUAGUAUCCAAAUGUGUGCAAUCCAACAAGAGCGAGAUUCGCUAACAAAAGUGUUCGUCAAAUCAUUAGCACUUGCAACUUAUUAGACGGGCUAAUUAGCUAUCAUGUCCCACGCACUUAGAGAUUAAGGUCCUCUGAUUUAUAUACUGAUUGGCGACGAGUGUGUUGUGUUAUGUGUUAGAAGAACCAACCAAGUUCGUGCUGUUGUUCAACGAUUUUUUUCUCUAUAUAUUGACCUUUUAAACACUAUUCAUUGCACCAUGGUGGAUCUUCAUGCUCGUUUUAUCAGGUUUUAACGUGGUCAGUUGUUUAGUUGAUUGUGAUUAGUGCUAUAUUUGUUUACACAAGAUCAAGUGAAGUUUGCACAGCGGGACUUAUUAAUAUAUGAACUUGCUGCCGCACAAUAUGCAGCCUACACGUAAAUUGAGUUUACCAGACGAGAGCCUGAUGACAAUGUUUCGCAGACGAGCGCUUACGGACAUUGUAGAGCACGAAGAAGGUAAAGUAGAUAGUGAUAAUAGUGAAGAAGCGAACGCAAGCAUUCCACACCCUCAAGGUCGUCGCAAGGAAGACGAAGAGAAACAAGAAUCACAACUUCCACAACUGCAUCAAGUUGUUUUGGAUGGUAACUCAGAAUUGCUGAAAGAACUAAUUAAAAAUGGCGCAGAUAUAAACGUUUUGGAUGAAUCUGGUUGGCCGCCCAUGCACACAGCCAUUCGAGCUGGCAAGACGGAAUGUGCCGCUAUACUUAUCAAGGAAGGUGCCGGAGAGUUUUACUACAAUAAACAGAAACAGGACUAUCUUAAAAGACUUGAACGUUCCCAAAAGGGACGCAAGAUAUCCUACUGGAGGUGAAAUAACAAACUACAAUACUACAGGAAAUAUUCAAGGAUGUAGAUUCGUGUACUUCAAUGUAAAUAAUAAAUUCAAGAUUUCACUGACGGUGACCAGCAGUAAUAUGUGCCGAGUCGGUUGUUGAUAAAAGGCACCUGAACUGAGUUAAAAAGGUACCGGGAAUCUCUUAAACAGCUAUUAUUAAAACGAGUGCCCGAAAACUGUGCUCUGUGUGCAAAGUUACUAAUUAUUUUAAACAGCUAUAGAAUAUUUAUUCAUAAACAAUGACAACAGUAUUGGGUCGAUUCUGUGUUCCGCUCUUGAUCAGUGUAACGCGCAAGGAUAGAGAUGACUGGAGUGCAGUUGAUUCAAUUUGGUCAUAGGUAACUUACGUGUUGCCCGGGCGUGUUGCCUUGAUAUUCAGAGACAGAAUAAUAUUUUUCGAGGUUGUGUAAAUGUACAAUGAACUGGUCAAACAGUUACCAGAGUGUGACAUUUGUAAAGUUAAUGUGUAAUGUUCGUGUAACAUCACUUUAUGCGUCAUUUGACUGUAAAACAACUGACCAGGUUCCCGAAGGUCGCUACUGAUUCAGUGAACACUGAACUCCCCAACGUACGUGUCAAAAGAAAAUUGUUCAUAUUUUUUGUUGGGCGCCUGACCUACAGAGUGGAUGAUACGAGAGAACGGUCCUGCUGAUAAUCUGUACGAAUGAGGAGUAUUUAUGCGGCUAUGUUGCUAUUUAUAAACUAUAUAGUUACAGAGAUUAACGGUAGCUGUUUAUAAUAGAAAAGAAAACGUUCACGGAAUGCUUGUAGAAUAUUUUUGCCGCUGAUUCUGUAAUUAAUCCUGUAAUCCAACUUUUUGAAUUUGUAAUACUUUGUGAUUAAAAUAGUUUGCAUCACAAAG